UUUCAGAUAUUUUGCACCAUGACUCCAAGCAGCAUGUGGAUGAAGGUACUUUUCUGUAGUAUCCUACUUCACCUAUACGUUGCCCAAUACACAAGAUCUCUAGAAACACAUUCCGAAGAUGACAGCGAAUCUGACAAACGAAGUAUUAUAGAUGACGAUUUCAAAUCACUAGAUCCAACAUAUUACCCUUCAGGCCUAGAUAAACGACAACAGCAAUAUUCAAAAUUGGGCAGAAACAUCCGUGUCAUUGCACGUGGUAUGGACCCCAUGAUGUUCGGUAAUCUAGGAAAACGAAUGGACCCCAACAUGUUUGGAUCAUUGGGAAAACGAUUCAACAGGGACGAUAGAGAAAAGCAAGAUAAGAAAAUAGACCCAUAUAUGUUUGGUAGCCUUGGAAAGAGAAUGGAUCCUGCAAUGUUCGGAUCUCUUGGGAAACGAAUGGAUCCAAUGCUGUAUGGUGGUUUAGGAAAACGCAUGAGCCCCGACUACAUCAACUAUGGCGGUAAACGAUAUGAUCCAAUGUUAUUCGGAGGUUUAGGGAAAAGAGUGGACCCCAUGUUAUUCGGUGGUUUAGGGAAAAAGAUGGACCCCAAUAUGUUUGGAACCCUAGGAAAACGUAUGGACUCUAUGAUGUUCGGUCACCUCGGGAAAAGAGAUGUAUCUGGAAUCAAAGUAGGUGACUUUGAAUAAAUAUACACGUUCUGGGAACCCAUCGUUAGAACAACAUGGAAUCUCCUGAGCAACCAAAUACAAAUGCAUUCAGUAAAUCAAUGACAUUCGCAGAAUUAGAUUAGACUUAAAAGAAAUACAUCAUCAAUAACAACAGCAGCAACAAUAACAACUAAGCAACAAUAACUAAAGAAAGACAAUACAGAUUGGUUCGUGAUGCCAUAAGACCGUGAAAGAAAGAAAAAGUUUGAAUAAGAUGAAGAAAUUAUAAAGCGUUCGAAAAACACCAUAUCACAACAUUAAAAGCGAUUAUUUUAUUUUCAAAGUUUCGAGAUAAUUCUCUUGAUGAAACAAUACACACUGUUAAAUAAAUUAUCAUUUAAGUUUA